CUCGCUGUCUCCACACACUGACCUGCUGCUCCGGAGGAGGCUUUCCAUCAAACAAUUAUAUUAGGAAUAAGUGAACAAACCUGUGAGCAACAGAUAUGAUCCAGAUAACAACUCAUUUAGUUUUUUUACUAGUGCUGUCGACAGGACUUUUCUCGAAGACCUCGUGUUACUUCAUUCUAAUCCAAGAACCAAAGACUUGGUCCGAAGCCCAGACGCACUGCAGGCAGUAUCACUUUGACCUGGCCACGAUUCAGAGUGAUGAGGACAGAUUUAAGAUACAGGAGAUCGCAACCUCCAUGAAUUUUCAAAACAGGGCCUGGAUGGGAUUUUAUGAUGGUGUAUUUGCUUGGCGCUGGUCUUACCAAGAUAAAAACCUAGGUUACACUAACUGGGACACCCUGGAAGACACGACCUCCAGGACUCAGAGGAUGUGUGGCGUGAUUAGAAACACUGGAAAGUGGCAUGCUGCAUCUUGUGACGAACCAAAACCCUUUUUUUGCUAUGACAGUUUCAUUGGAGGCAAAUUUAUUAUCAAUCUUGCCAAACUGUCUUGGAGCGACGCUCAGCGUCACUGCAGGAGUAAGAACAUAGACCUGUCCACCAUCAAUGACAUCAUUGAGAACGGCAUUGUGACUACUAUCCUUAAACUAGGCCUUAUAACUGAGGCCUGGAUCGGCUUGUCCAAGAACCUGUGGCUGUGGUCAGACCAGAGCAAAGUCACCUGGUUAUCUGUGAACUGGGCAGACGGACAGCCGGAUAACGCCGAUGGCAACGAAAAGUGCGGGUUUGUCAAUGAGACCGGAUUGAUUGGAGAUGAAGCAUGCUCGCAUACCUUACCUUUCUUCUGCACUAAAUAUGUGAAAAUACAGAUUGUGAGAUUUGCGGUGAAAUCAUCCGGAUUGCUGAAUGAAUCUGCAGUGAUGGAGGCCAUAGAGAAGAAGAUGAAUCAGAUCCUCGGAGAUCAGCAGGUGGAUAUUGAAUCCAACAUAACAUGGAGAGUCCAGCCUGAUGGGCAGAUCUUCCAGAGACAGGAACGAGACACUUGAAGCACAACACCAUCUGAUUUUGAUCAUUUUGAUCACUUCUAUGAUUUCAUCAGAUUAAAGAUUUAAUAUAGUUAUUUUUAGGAAUGGGCUUUUCAAGUAAAUUUAUGCUCUAACGAACAGUACAUAAACGAUUGGUUACGUUAAUAUACAAGUAUGAAACAUAUGUGAAAAAUAUGAAAAACUGAUUCCACUCAUAUAAAACUUUCCAAAGCUAGUUUAAACCAAUGAUUUUCUUUCAGAAAGAUAAGUACGAGCAUCGCACUCUCCAGCCUUGCAUGAAAACAGAAAUCUGAAAUGUUUAACGCCACCAUUAGCGUACUGGCCAUCUUAUUAUGAAUACAUUUUUAUUUUUUCACUUCUUCAGAAAAAUAUAUUAUGAAAGUGUAGUUACUAGUGUAAUUUAGAAGUCAAUUACUUUUGCAGUAAUUUUGGCCAGAAAGACAGUGAACAA